AUGGAGAAAUUUUAUUUCAUUUUAAUUGCUCUGGGCGCAAAAAUAUGCACAGGUAAAUUUAGUUUUUCUAUCCUUCCUUUUUUUUUUGUUUUUGUUUAACCAAAUCCUCAAGGCUGUUCUCUUGUUGCACAAUACCAGCAUUUUUUCUUGUUUCAGAAACUUCUGCGCACGAAAGUUUCACUUGCUCCUUUUCUUAAAUCAACCGUCAGGAUGACUUGAAAUUUGAUUGAAGAUAUCAGCAUCUGACAGUGAAAAUUGUACUUUUCAAAGUCAAUGUUUUCUGAUGGAAGUCUGUGCCUAGAUAUUCAUAUUUAUAUUGCAACGGAAAACGAACAGAAAUCGUCUUAGCAACCAUUAUCUAAUUCCAGUCCAAGUGUAAUUAUUGUUGGCUGUUGCGUAACUGAGAUCGCAUCACAUUGAUUUUUUUUGCCGUUCUUGUAGAAAGUCGCCAUCCAUUGACCACGAUUUCUAAGAGUAUCUGUUACUGACUUUUGAAUAAUCUAAUAAUAAUAUGAUAAAAUCUAUACCACAAACCUACCUGCUUUUCAAUCUUGUGAUACCACUACAUCGACUGUUCUUCCAAGUACAGAUUCGCGUCUACGUUUGGCUGCACUGAGAAACUGAAUUGCUCUGAGCAAAUUAUGCGAGACUAAUCGCAAAUUACUAAGCGCGAGGGGAAUAAGGCUAUGUGAUCUCACCCGAAAUAACACCAUGUUUGUUCAGAAUCUUGAUCAGUCUUUACGUGUCAUAUUCAUUAGCUUUAAAAUUCCCUAUAACUCCUUAAUUUUGGGGGGGCUAGCUUUUCCGUUACUUUUGACGUUUCCAUUAAAAGUAAACAAUAAUGUGCACUUGAUUUAUUUCAGUUCUAAGUAAAUGUGCUCGAGUCAAGGCAUGUUAAAUCGCUGAAAUUCGUUUAGUUUCGCCCGAUUUUUCCUCAUUCCCUUUUUUUUUAUUAUUUUUAUUUUUUUCUCCAACCGAACUCUUGUCAAAAGAGCAGUUCUACUCAUUACGAGGUUACCGUAAUCCCUGACAACGAACACUAGUUCAGUGUAUGUUUGAGAGGUGCAGGUUUUAUGUAUUGAUUGAUUUUUGAGUUAAUACUAUUUGUUUCGUUUAGUUAUUGAUAUUUUUUCUUGGAUGAAAAUUCCCUACAGUUCUGUAGGUCCUCCAAUCCACCGGCCACUGGCCAAAGAGUCUGAAGGACUCGAAUUUAAGCGCAAAAAACAAAACUCGAAAGCCAGCUUAAUGUCAUCACUUUUAAUUAAUACUGUAUAAUGACAAGUUUAUCAAAACAAAAUCUUUUCUGCAAAGAUUGUAAAAAUUCAAACUUUACAUCUAAGAGUACUAUAAGCUCCUCCCUUAUAUUUGAUUGUUUGAUUAUUUGAACGUAAUGUUAAAGAGAAAAGCUAAACCUCUAACAAUGAGGCUCUAAUACAUUUCUCUUUUGAAGCUUAUUCCUUCAAGUGUUCCAUUUGUGCUUCAAAGAGAGUCGGGGAUUCUUACUCCAUCGAUCAAUGGAAAAAAGACCAAACCGAGGUUGACUGUCCUACCAAUUACACCUGUAGCAAGAUGCACGACAAGAUGGAAGACAAUAAUGAAGUGGAGACUAGAGGAUGCCUCCAGAAGAUGGAGUGCGAUCAUAUGAAGAACUUGUCCACAAAUGAUGACAUGAAGAAGAUAAUGAAGAUCAAAGAGUGCGCUGUGGCUCGUUGUGUCAGUGACAAAGACAUACCCUGUAACAGUGGCUUCGCUGCUUCUGGUCACUCGAUGAUGUCGGUGAUAAUGAUGAUGCUUGUAGUUUUGUAUGGCAACUUGAUCUGAGUGCCGAGGUUUUCUGCUGUUUCAUAUUUUAUUAUUAAACGCUCUUUUAGAUGAAUGUAUCCACUUUUGUAGACAGUAUCGUAAUCGCCAAAAGUAUUUCACAAAUGAUGGACCUCAAAAAUGCCUUUUUAAAGUUGGACCGACCUUAUAAACCUCUUUUUCUCAUUUUGGUGUUAAGUUCUCUCUGCCUUGAAACAAAAUUAAUUUUGUCAUUUGACACUGUUUCAGAAGCAGUCAGGACAGUGAAAUGGAAGUGAGGGCCAAUGAUAAUAGUAUUUCUUCGUGA